AAUCGUUCUCUCUCCUCCCUCUCUCUCUCUCUCUCUCUCUCUCUCUCUGUCUGUCUCACACACACUUUCUCUUUCUAAAAUUCUUUCUCUGCAUCCGCUUCUCGCCGGGUUCCAAGCCCUAACCCUCCUUAAAUCCGUCUCACGUUCGAACCCUAAUUUAUUCGCUUCCAGUCCAUAAACCCUAACCCUAAUUUCGUACACCUCGUAUAGAGUAUAAGCGCACUUCGGUUUCCUGAUGGAUUCUCAGGGAAACAACCUCUACGAGACGGCGUCGCAGCCGGACACCGCCACCGACGCCUACACCUUUCUCGAAUUCAACACGCAAGGCGACGAGGACGACUUCGAUUAUCCCCAAUUUCAGGAGCUCUCGCAACCAAUUCGGUCCUCAGUGUGGCCCACGCCUUCCGAUUCCGUGCCCGAUGAACGGGCUGAGAGGGCGUCGUCUGAUCACCAGUCGGAUGCUUCGCCGGUUUCUGCCGCUUCCGGUAGCGGCGCGAAGGGUCGGGGCGGCGGCGGGAGUAAUCAGGCGGCUGUCGAUGCGCUAGCAGCCGGGAUGAGCGGGUUGAACUUCGAGGAGACUGGGGAUGAUGAGAAUUAUGACUACGGAAAGGGGGAUUUCCCCGAGCACGCUUGUCGGUACUGCGGGGUGACCAAUCCGGCGUGUGUUGUGAGGUGCAACGUGCCGUCCUGCCGCAAGUGGUUCUGCAAUUCGCGGGGGAACACCUCGGGGUCACAUAUUGUUAAUCACCUGGUUCGAGCUAAGCACAAAGAAGUUUGUCUUCAUAAGGACAGUCCAUUGGGGGAAACAAUCCUAGAAUGCUACAACUGUGGUUGCCGGAAUGUUUUCCUUCUUGGAUUCAUCUCUGCCAAGACAGAAAGUGUUGUCGUUCUUCUGUGCAGGGAGCCUUGCCUUAGUGUCAAUGCAUUGAAGGACAUGAAUUGGGACUUGAGUCAGUGGUGCCCUCUUAUUGAUGAUAGAUGUUUUUUACCUUGGCUUGUUAAGGUUCCAUCUGAACAGGAGCAAUUGAGGGCACGCCAAAUCAGUGCUCAACAAAUAAAUAAAGUUGAAGAGCUCUGGAAGACAAACCCUGAUGCUACCCUAGAAGAUCUUGAGAAACCUGGUGUUGAUGAUGAGCCUCAGCCUGUUGCCUUGAAGUAUGAAGAUGCAUAUCAGUAUCAGAAUGUUUUUGCGCCACUUAUCAAGCUUGAAGCUGACUAUGACAAGAUGAUGAAAGAGUCUCAAAGCAAAGAUAAUGUCACUGUCCGUUGGGAUAUUGGUCUCAACAAAAAGCGUAUUGCAUAUUUUGUUUUCCCAAAGGAAGAUAAUGAGUUGCGUCUUGUACCUGGUGAUGAGUUGCGUCUACGUUAUUCAGGGGAUGCAGCUCAUCCUGCUUGGCAGUCUGUAGGACACGUGAUAAAAUUAACUGCACAAGAGGAGGUUGCUCUUGAGCUUCGUGCCAGCCAGGGAGUUCCUGUUGAUGUGAACCAUGGUUUUAGUGUUGAUUUCGUGUGGAAGAGCACAAGUUUUGAUAGGAUGCAAGGGGCAAUGAAAACUUUUGCUGUGGAUGAAACAAGUGUCAGUGGGUACAUUUAUCAUCACUUACUAGGUCAUGAAGUUGAGGUUCAGAUGGUCCGCAAUACAUUGCCUCGUCGGUUUGGUGCACCUGGCCUACCAGAGCUUAAUGCGUCUCAAGUUUUUGCUGUAAAAAGUGUCCUCCAGAAACCAAUAAGUUUGAUUCAAGGUCCACCUGGUACUGGGAAAACCGUGACUUCUGCAGCAAUUGUAUAUCAUAUGGCCAAACAAGGCCAGGGUCAGGUUCUCGUUUGUGCUCCCAGUAAUGUUGCUGUUGACCAGCUAGCUGAAAAGAUCAGUGCAACAGGACUGAAGGUUGUUAGGCUAUGUGCUAAAUCAAGGGAAGCUGUAAGUUCUCCUGUUGAGCAUUUAACUCUUCACUAUCAGGUUCGGCAUCUUGACACAUCUGAGAAGAGUGAACUCCACAAGUUACAGCAACUUAAAGAUGAGCAAGGAGAAUUAUCUAGCAGUGAUGAGAAAAAGUAUAAAGCUCUGAAGCGAGCAACGGAGAGGGAGAUAUCUCAGAGUGCUGAUGUCAUUUGUUGCACCUGUGUUGGUGCAGGCGAUCCUCGAUUGGCUAAUUUUAGGUUUCGUCAGGUUCUCAUCGACGAGUCUACCCAAGCAACGGAGCCAGAGUGCCUUAUUCCUUUGGUUCUUGGUGCAAAACAGGUGGUUCUUGUUGGUGACCAUUGCCAACUUGGUCCAGUCAUAAUGUGCAAGAAAGCAGCUCGUGCUGGAUUAGCCCAGUCUCUUUUUGAAAGGCUUGUGCUACUCGGUGUGAAACCAAUUAGAUUGCAGGUUCAAUAUCGUAUGCAUCCAGCUCUAUCAGAAUUUCCUUCUAACAGCUUCUAUGAAGGCACACUGCAAAAUGGGGUUACCAUUAAUGAAAGGCAGUCACCAGGCAUUGAUUUUCCCUGGCCUGUACCAAACCGUCCGAUGUUCUUCUAUGUUCAGAUGGGACAAGAGGAGAUAAGUGCUAGUGGCACGUCUUAUCUGAACCGGACAGAGGCUGCAAAUGUUGAAAAAAUUGUGACCACAUUUUUGAGGAGUGGUGUGGUUCCUAGUCAGAUUGGUGUUAUAACACCAUAUGAGGGACAACGAGCAUAUAUUGUAAACUAUAUGUCAAGGAAUGGUUCUCUCAGACAGCAACUUUACAAGGAAAUUGAGGUUGCCAGCGUUGAUUCCUUCCAAGGGAGGGAGAAAGAUUACAUCAUUUUGUCUUGCGUAAGAAGUAAUGAACAUCAGGGCAUUGGAUUUCUCAAUGAUCCACGAAGGCUUAAUGUUGCACUCACCCGUGCCCGUUAUGGUAUUGUCAUCUUGGGAAACCCUAAAGUUCUAAGUAAACAGCCACUGUGGAAUAGUUUGUUGACUCACUACAAGGAGCAUGAGUGCUUGGUGGAAGGGCCUCUGAAUAACUUAAAGCAGAGUAUGGUUCAGUUUCAGAAGCCUAAAAAGAUCUACAAUGACCGCAGACUUUUCUUUGGUGGUGGACCUGGAAUAGUCUCGGAAACUUUUGGAUCUGUUGCCUCAUCAAGCCCAAAUACUGAUAGGAGAAACAGUCGUUCCAGGGGUUCGUACAUGCCGCCUGGUCCACCCAAUGGUUCCCAUAAGCCUGGGGUACAUCCUGCUGGUUACCCAAUGCCUCGGGUUCCUCUUCCACCGUAUCAUGGUGCAUCCCCAUCCCAACCUUAUGCUAUUCCAACUCGUGGUGCUGUUCAUGGACCUGUUGGAGCUGUUCCUCAUGUUCCCCAACCUGGAAACCGUGGAUUUGGGGCUGGGCGUGGGAAUGUUGGUACUCCUAUUGGCAGUCAUCUUCCUCAUCAGCAAGGCUCCCAACAACCUAUUGGAAGUCUAGGAUCCAAUUUCAACUUUCCUCCUCUGGAGAAUCCAAAUAGUCAGCCAUCUGUUGGGGCACCAUUAUCUCAGCCUGGAUUUGUUUCUAAUAUGGCAGUUCAAGGACCAAGCCAGACAUUUCGUGAUGGAUUCUCCAUGGGAGGCAUGUCUCAGGAUUUCUUGGGUGAUGAUUUCAAAAGCCAGGGAUCACAUGUUCCAUACAACAUUGCAGACUUCUCCACACAGGCUUCUCAAAGUGGAUAUGCUGUUGAUUAUGCUACACAGGGAGCACAAGCUGGGUUCCCUGGAAGCUUUCUAAACCAGAAUUCUCAUGCUGGAUAUUCUCGCUUUGGUACUGGAAAUGAUUUCAUGUCUCAGGAUUACAUGGGUCAUGGGUCCCAGGGCCUGUUUACUCAGGUUGGAUUCACGGAUCCAUCCCAAGAUGAUGCUUCUCAAAGCCACUUUGGUGUUGCCAAUGCCAACCCACUUCAGUCUCAGGGGUUGAUGAAUCCGCUCUAUUCCCAACCAUUUGCCCACUACAACACACAGCCAAUGAACUUACAAGCUACACAGCAGCAGUCUCAGCCAGGCCAGAGCGCCCAAAACCAAAAGCUUCAUUACAAUGGUUGAGCAGUCACAAGGCUUAUAUCCAUAUGACGGGAUACUAGUCUCUGUGUCCAGCAACUACACUUGUGCUGUCAUUUUUCUGCCUUGAGAUACCGACUGGUUAACCAAUAAUUGAGGCUUAUGCAGUGUGGUGGCAUGUAGUCGAAAGAUGAUUCUGGCUGAUUGGAAUCAUAAAAUCUUGAGUUGGGGAGAAGGCUUAUUACGGGUCUCGGAGCAGACAUGGGCAGCACAUUUUAAGGCUGGAAAAGGAAGGACAUCCCAAUUAUCUUGUUACAUCAAAAUUAUCUUCUUGAAGUUUUCUAAUGUUGCUGAGAAGGUAAAGUCGAUUCUGGAAGAGAUCAUUACGUGCCAUGGUUUUGUCGGAAGGGGUUUGGGUUAUAGCGAGUCACGCAUGAUCAGUUGAUUGGGAGAAAAGCCAUGAUUCACAGAGGAGCUACUACUACUACUGCUACUGUACAGCAUGCUGAGGAAAGUUAUAGCCUUAAUUGCCCUUUCAUCUCUUCGUGACAUGUAAUUAUACUCUUUUAGGUAUAUUUAAUCAAUUCAUUAGAUAGAUGAAGAUGAUGACGUGUUUGUUGAUAGGGUAACAACUCUUUUGUGGGGGGCAAAUAUUGCAACCUUUUGAUAUGUGUGAAUUGUGAUAGAGGUUGUUUAAAAGUGAGACUAGUUUGCAUUAGAAAUGAUCUAAUCUGAUCCUGUCUUACUGGUUUGAGGCCUUUCCCUCUUCCAUUUCUUUUGUACUUGCUCUUGCAGCUGUUGCUGAAACUCGUAUGCAAGUUUGGCUCAGAAUGAAGAGGCGUGAAAAACUUGAGUUUA